UAGUGGCCCACUCAGGUAAAUUCUGGCAAAUAUGAAUGUGUUAUCAGCUGGCAGUCAGCUGGCGUCUGUUGUGGGAAGUGGAGGCGUCGCUCCGGACAAUUGGUCACCAAAUAUUAAUAAUAAUAUUUUAUUUAGGUUUUGACGAACAAGGCCAGGGAUUUCCUCACGAUGUUUAUGGUUCGAUCGUUGUUUCACCUGCUUCUGUCCAUUCACUAUGGAUAUGGCAUGCAUGUAUAUUUGUAUGGCCUAAACCCACCGCAAGAUUUUAUCAAAUUAAGGAAAAUUGGUGGAGGACCAUUUAAAUACCUUACAUUUUGGGAUAUGCUGCUGCAGUUCACGUAUUUUACGAUAGCAUUUUUAAAUGAUAUUGUGGGAUCCAACACCACAUCGGCCAAGAAUCGGGUAACUCUGCAGAAAGUCCGUGACUUUCUCUUUUCGACUGUUGUAUUUUCAGUUGGUUCAUUUGUUUCCAUCUCAUUUUGGGGUUUAUACAACAUCGACCGAAACCUAAUCUUCCCUCCAGUGUUCGACUCUUGGUUUCCGUGCUGGCUGAACCACAAUGUACACACUACACCAUUAGUGGGUGUCCUCCUUGAGUUAUACUUUGUUCCCCACAUUUUUCCUAAACGGAGAGCAGGAUUAGGAGUUGUGGCGUUUUUCAGCUUAAUGUAUCUAACAUGGGUAUGUGUAAUUGCCUAUCAAACACAACAUUGGGUAUAUCCUAUCUUAGCUGAUUUGCCGGUAAUUGGGCGUGGUAUCUUCAUAUCACUCAUGUCUGUAAUGAUCAGCCUAUUCUACAUUUUGGGUGAAGUUCUAAACAAAAAUAUUUGGGGGGUAGAACUACACAAGAAGGUGAAGUAGACUGCUGAAAAUGAAGAUGAUUGCUGUUUAUGUCAUGAGAAAUUAUUUGCUCAUUGACACCUCACGUUAGUGUGAUUACUCUGUAUAUUGAAAGAGGAGCGUCAGAGCUAGAACAUUCCUGGAUGACAGAGCCAGAGUGCAUGUGGGGGAAGUGUGAAAAUCCUGAUCUGGCUUCAAUGGUAGCUUCAGGAAACCCUUGUGAGCUCAGUAGAACUCCAGGUUGCAAUACUUUUACCAUGUCAUGGCCUAGUUGACUAGGGCGUGUGCGUGGGAACAUCCACCACUAAGGUUCGAACCCCUCAUCACAGCUCCUAUGGAUUUUCUCAUUGACACAUCACAUUAGUGUGAUUACUCUGUGUCUGUGAUCAUUAUCAUCAUUAUUAUUAUUAUUAUUAUUAUUAUUAUUAUUAUUAUUGUUAUAAUACACAGUACAGCUCAGUUUGAGCAUGGUAGUUGCAGUCCUUUUCUGAUUCAACUUGUUUAUUCCAGAUCUUAGGACCAAUUUCAAUGUAUGUUGAUGCAUUGCUCUGUUUUUUACUGUGUUUAUUUUUUAUAGUUUACAGAUUAUUUUUUAGGUAAACAGAGUAUAAGCAGUACUCUAUAUAGAAUGAAAAUAGUGUUGUGUAAUAGAGUAAAAUGUGUUCAUCAUUUCUUAAUAGACAGAAUAGUUUAUUGAAGAGCUUUCUUCAAGCAUUUGUAUUCUUGUAUAACUGCACCACUUUUCUGGCAUUCCUCUCAUCAACAUAGGCUCUUACCGUUUCUUUCCAUAUUUACUUUCAGCGUCCUUCCCUCUUUUCCCUUUAAUCCGGUAGUACAGUCGGAUUCGUUCUUGACUCACAAUCAUGAAUACAGUACCAGGUUUGAAUUCUGGGCAGAAUACAAAUGGUUGGGUGUAUUUCCUAUCAUAUAAUGUUCCUGUUCACCUAGUAGUAAAUAUGUACCCAGGAGUUAGUCAACUUGUUGUUAGGUUGCAUAUUGUUAGAGGGUCAGUAGUAUGAUUUUUGGGUGGACCUCAAUAUAAGCCUAACAUGUAUAUAUACACAGUCUGUCACCCUAAACAAAUAUUAUUAUUAUUAUAAAAUAAUAAAAAUGUUACUGAUGACUGUUAAAAAGGCAUAUAAACAAAAGUAAUGUCAUGUGCUACAAGUGGAUGGUCAAUUUAAAUACUGUACCUAGAUUGUGUGACUAAAAAACUAAAUUUCUGCUAACAAAUUAUUGGAAGAAUUGGCGUAGUAGAGUGGCUUUUGCAAUGAAAGCUCAAGUUACAAAGCAUGGUAAGAAGACAUGCUGCUACAGGACUGGAUGGAGGAGUUGUAAUACCAGAUCUAUCAUUAUUUACUGCUUUGAGACUAAGGAGGCAAGAGCACAUAAAAUCAGAGUUAAUAGAGAAGAAAUGUUGAAUGAAUGAUAGUAAUGAAAGUGUAUUAAAGUGAAUUUUAAAGAUUAGAAGGCUACGAAGAUGAUUGGCAGCUAUGGCAUGUGUUGAAGCAGAUACUUCAUGUUAACAAGAAGUGGAAAGGUGGUAGCUCUUAGUUUUUAUGUGAUGGGUAAUAUGGAGCAUUUCACACAUCUCUGAAGCAGUUUAAUGAAUUAGAGUAUGAUUGUGCUGUUUCUCUGUGAUUUUGUUUAGUGCAAUAUAUAUGAUAAAUAAAUGGUGUACAUCAUUA